AUGUGCAAGGAACAUGUGCACAGAAAGAGGGAAGACCGGGAAGACCUCGCUCGCGUGGGGCUCGGGCGGCCAGGCUGGCUCGCGUACCACGGCUGCGCCUUUGUCAACUCUUUGGCUCCUGCGUCUCGGCUUGUCAUCUUCCCACUCGCCUCACUGCGAGACAUCUCUUCGCUGCGCUUCGCCUCCGGCGCCGCCAUCGCCAUCUACACGAUCUUUGUCCUCGCCCUCCUCUGCCUGUGGGCGGAAGGCCCUCCGCCGCAGCAGCCGCCCUCCGCCUUCCAGAGCAGCGUCGCCGGGUACGUGUGCGCCGCCUUUGCCGCCGCUGGCUCGCUGUACGUGCUGACCGGUGUCGCGGCGUAUUGCCACUUUGGAGAGGACGUGCGGGGCAACGUGCUCCUCAACCUCGCCGCGCUGCCCUCGCCCGCGAUCCGCGCGGUGCGGCUGGCCUUUGCCACCUCCAUCUGCCUGACCUACCCCUGCCUCCACUUCGCGGCCCGCUGCAGCCUCGACCAGCUGCUCUUCCGAGAGAGGCGCGCCAGCCGCCGCAUCCCGCUCACGCUGGCGAUCGUCGGCUCGAGUCUGCUGCUCGCACUGGUGGUCGAGAGGGUCGAGGUCGUGUUUGGCUUCACGGGGGCGGCCGCCUCCACGGCCCUCUCCUUCGGCCUCCCCGCCGCGAUCGACUUGCGGCUCGGCCGCGCCGCCGCCCUGCGGGAGAGGGCGGGGAGCUGGGCGCUCCUGCUCGUCGGCUCCGGUCUGGGCGCCGUCAGCCUCGCCAACCACGCGCGCGACGUGUACUUGGAGGCCUCUGCGGCGGCUCCAGUGGUUGAGUGGCAGCGGCAGCUCGUCGAGCUUGGUAAAAACGCGAACAUGUCCCGCCGUCACCCGUAA